AUGUUGAAGCGAUGGGACGACACUUUGCUCAGGUGUGAACGCUUGGAUCGCCUACCCGGACCGCCGAGUAGCUUCAACAGCAGGACUGAGAGCGACCGCUUCGUUUCUGUAGGUCACAUACCAUAGAUGGGCUUCCAAAGUAUUUAUCGGAGUGUUCCGCUUAUCGCAUGUUCCUUUUGCUUCCUGCACGCAUCUUGGACGGCCCGAUCCGAUAGGGCACGAAGCCGACCUUAAUCCGCAAUGCGACGAUCUGGACAGGUGCCGCAGGAGGGCAUGAGCUUUUGCAAGCGACGGACGUCUUGUUGGACCGCGGUCUCGUCGUCGAUAUUGGUGUCGACCUCGCUGCACCUGCAGGAGCCGUGAUUGUCGAGUCUCGAGGGGCUUGGCUCACUCCAGGAAUAUUCGACAUGGUGCGUCGAUUCGAAGUGACCUGCCAUGAGACUUUCUGGCUGAUCGAUCCGCUGAGACCCUACGCUGCAACUACAUCCGCGUACAUCCGCUCCCCAUGCUGAUAGCAUUCACACAUCUCGGUCGACGCGUUACCAAAAUUGUCUUCAGCUGACGAUGUCAACUCGCUCGCCGGCCCUGUCUUACCCUGGCUUCGUUCGCUCGAUGCCAUCAAUACUCGUGAGCUGUAGCUUUCCAGCGUCAAAGCCGAUUUUCGAGAAUGCUUGAGCUCACGCAUAUUUUUGCAAUAAUAGAUGAUCUGGCCUUCAAGCGUACCGUGUCGGGUGGGGUCACCACCUCGCUGAUUCUGCCAGGCUCGGGCAACUCGAUCGGCGGACAGGCAUUCCCAAUCAAGUUGCGACCGACGAAGGAGAAGACCCCUGACUCACGAGUGGUCGAGUUACCGUACAACAUUGCUGGAAGCAAGGUCGAGUGGAAGCGUGAAGAUCCCCCUAGAUGGAGGCACAUGAAGAUGGCUUGCGGCGAGGUCGGACAAAAUUAAUCACCCUCUCUAUUGGCGAGCUUUGUGCAUGAUGCUGACCUGUCGCAUCGAUCAUUGGCCCGCAGAAUAUCCGUCGUUUCUAUCAGCAAACUCGACUGGACCUCGCAUGGAACUUCCGGUCGGCCUUCGAGAAGGCCCGCAAGCUCAUGGAGGAGCAGGAUACCUUUUGCAUCGGAGCGCGCACCGCCAAGAAAGAAGGCAAGGUCCUCACCACCGCGUUCCCGGACGAUCUGCAGUGGGAGGCGCUGGUCGAUGUCUUGCGUGGAAAGGUCAAAGUCAAUACGCAUUGCUACGAAGUGACCGACCUUGCCGCCUUUGUGCGAUUUACUCAUGAGUUCAAGUUCCCUUUGGCGGCGGUGCGUGCCUCACUGCUCUGAUGCAGUGAUCUACCAUCACCGUCUAACAAUCGUCAAAGGUUUCUUUUUCAGUUCCACCACGCUCAUGAAACUUACAUGGUACCCGACCUGCUCAAGUCGGCCUACAAUAACACUCCAGCGGUGGCGAUCUUUGCGGCGAACGGCCGAUACAAGCGAGAGGCUUGGAGAGGAUCCGAAUACGCCGCCAAGAUCCACAGUGAAAACAACAUCACUGUCGUAAGUUGUCGCAUUUCCCAAAGACCAAAAGCUCAAAACACUCAGGUCAAUUUUCUCUUUUCUCAUGCACGAUGUCACAGAUCGUUAAAUCCGAUCAUCCCGUCCUCGAUUCUCGAUUCCUCCUGUUCGAAGCGCAACAAGCCCACCAUUUCGGCCUCCCCGAACAUCUCGCUCUUGCGGCAGUGACGACCUCACCAGCUACCGUUGCUGGCUUCAGCCAUCGCCUCGGCUUCAUCAAAAAUAAUUUCGACGCAGACGUGGUGCUGUGGGACUCUCACCCCUUGGCAUUGGGUGCGACGCCGCUUCAAGUUUGGAUCGAUGGCAUCCGACAACUAGACAACGCCUUUACAGCCAAGGAGCUUGACGUCAUCACCCAAGCGCCGCCGAUCGCCAGUAUUCCCAGCCACAUCAUCUCACACGAAGAGGAUGAUGACGGAACGCAGCAGGGUCCCGAUGCCCAGACGGUUGAAGGCGUGGUUUUAUUCACAAAUGUGUCUGAGGUGCUUCUGUCGUGGAACAAAAGCACGGCGGCCCUGUCUACGUCCAAUCAGGCGCGACUGGAGGUCGUCGUUCGUUCUGGACGUAUUGAAUGUGUCGGGAGCAAAGGCGAGUGCUCCAAUGGUCUGAGGAAAGGAGCAAAGACCGUCGACAUUGAAGGCGGAUCCAUCUUGCCACCUUUGCUUGCCUUCGGCCGGCACUUGGCUUGACGGAGAUCGUUUCAGAGCCAUCAACGACCGUGAGCCUUGGCCAAGCUUUACUUAGUCACUUGAGAGACCAUUGAACUGAGAUGGUCUACUUUUGCGGCACAGGACAAUGGGGUCUUCGACCCUCUCUACUCCGGAUCACUAUCGUCACUUCAGCAAAUUUGGGGCCCUCAUGACGCGGUGCGGGCCGUAGAUGGUCUUGAGAUGGACGGCAAGCACCUCCGCACGGUUCACCAGAUUGGGAUCACAAGAGCAGUUACGGCUCCUAUGGGUAGUGGGUUCUUCAGAGGCGUCUCUGUGGCGUUCAGAACGGGAGCCAAGAACAGUGAGCAUCGCGAGCUCUCAGGUCCGGCUAGCCGAGACGGGGGCUGAGGGUUCCGCCUGCAGGUCUGGAGAAAGGAUCGAUCGUCAAAGACGCCGUCGCCCUCCAUAUCACAAUCGGUAGGUCAGCUCCGCACGUUUCUAUCGUAUGGAAUAAUGUCUGAUCACCCCCACCCCUGACACCUUCAGGGCAUGAGUCGUCAACGCCAUCCAUCUCGACGAAGCACCAGAGCGGCAAGAUUCCUUUGCAAUGUUCCGUCACUUCUAG